CGAGGAUUGAGCUAGUUCGUAGCCGUGAGCACAGCAGAGCGCUGUGGUCUCGGUGAUUUCGUAAGAUGAGGGUAAGCCGGUAAUAUCGCCGGGCCCAUUUAUUAUUUCGCUACUAUCAGCAAAACGAGAACGAUCGCGCUUGGUUGCUUCGGCGAGGUCGGCGGUGUGACAAACCGAUUGGUGUCUCGGAUGUUCUGGUGUCAGCGCGCGCAAAGGAAAGACCUGCUGCUUCGCGCGCUCGGCCGUAAACGAGGAUGUAUACCGUGUCAAAGGGACCCAGCAAGAUCGUAGCGAAAACACGACGAGGGAUCAAUCAGAAUCUCGAGAGGCUGGAAACGCUGCGAGAUCUAAACAGGAAGACCGAUCCCGAGGAGAGCCACGAGAUCACCAGUCAUGUACCAAAACCGGUAUUUCAUACGAACGGGAAAUCAAAACUCAUCUCCCAGCGGCAUCAGAUGCAAGAAGCCAUCACACCGCAACACGAAGAGCUUAUCAAAUUUAUUUACGAAUCGUGGAAUCAGGUCAAUACGCAACAGGGAAGCGAGUGUUGCGAGGGCACAGAGUGUACAGAUCUUAGCAGUCCUAAUUCAAUAGUAUAUUACGAUGGUGAACCAAGUAAUAGCCUUCAAGAUUUUAAACCGUUCGAUUUGGAAUCUUGGUGGGGCAAACGAUUGUUCAACAACAUUACAAAGUCACUUUGAGACAAACGAGAAAAGACUAAAACUACUAUUUUUCCGCGGAUGUACUUGGAAGUAGUAUAUUAUAACGGCAGCUGAUACGCGAAUCGUAAAUUGGUAUCGGCUGUUUCUUUUUCUUUUCUUUUUUUUUUUUUUUUUUUAAGCAUGAGAGUUUGAUUCCGGUUGGGUUCGUCAAGUACGAUGAUAUAGCGUUGAACAAUAGAGCUCGGACGUGAGUUUGAUAUUGCAAUGCAAUUGUUUUAUCAAAAAUCGCCUAUAAGAAAAAAAGAAAAAAGAAAAAAAAACAAUAGUAAUAACAUCGCUCGAAUCGUACGUAAUCGCGCGUAUUACGAUCACAUUAACAAGCCUGUUACAAAAGCAAUAAAUAAUGUGUAAUCUUAGUACGGAUUUUAGAGCUUCCUCGAAAUAUGCACACAAGCAAGCAGUAGCGAAAUGUCGUUUAAGCGAUUCAAAAAAUUGUUUCACGGUUAACAUUUAACAAUCGUUUAGAUGCAUUUGUUUGUUAACAAUUUGUUAUUGUUUUUGACGAAAUAGAUAUCAAUAUAUUUUUCCUGUUGUUGUCGCUCUAUCGUUAGAAUUGCUCAAUUUUUAAACGCGCUUAAACGCGCUUCGACACUCCUGUACAGAGAGAGCUUCGAGAAUAUAUAUAUAUAUAUAUAUAUAUAUAUAUAUAUAUAUAUAUAUAUAUAUAUAUAUGCGGCAGCAAGGACUACUUCGUAGAGAACUUUUGGUAGACAAUAAGUAGAAUAAUAUCUUCAAAUGUGAGCCUCCACAUUGUGCUAUGGAUGAGAGUACUGAUGAGCGUUUUUAAUUAAGUUUUUAACACACACUAAGAAGAAAAGAUCGGGUGCGAUCCAAUAUUAUAACGUACCAAUGCGUAUACCAAAUAGGGCUGAAUGCUAGCGUGGCGUGAAUUCCGUGGCGUGAGACUGAGAUGAAUUUUUAAUCUCCCCUUCACCCCCCCCCCACCGGAUUGCUGUACAUAUUGCAUGCAAACACGAUGAUUUGCGCGAGUGUAUGAUGUGGGCGAAAUUGUACGACGAGAUUUAUGUCUGAUUGUAUACUUUUACGUAAGCACACAAGGAUUUAGUAUAAAAAAAAAAAAAAUUUUGUAGACUGAUAUAUACAUAAGAAGAUUGUCAUAUAUAUAUAUAUGACUAAUAUAUAUAUAUAUAUUACAUUUGUUACUUGUUGAGAGAGAAAGAGUGCGUCUGAGAGAGUCCCAAGCUCGCAUGCAGCAGCCGGUAAUAUGCAAACUACUCCGUUUUUUUCGCCGAGUUCGAUGUAACUUUGAGAAGUUAUAUAUAUAUUAUAUAUUUUGGCGGCAUAUUGAGAAUUGUUUCCUCGCGUUGUUACGUAUUUUGUCGGGCACACAUGAACGGGAUCUCCAAAAUUAAAUAAGCGAACAAAUUUCGAUAUAUCACGCGUCCGGCAAAGCACACACACACAGACACACACAGUUUGAAAAAAAACAAAAAAGUAGUCGUGAUGUAGUAGUAUACGAUUGAAAUUCGGCCACGCCCUGGCUGAAUUAAAACACAAACGCAAAUAAAAAUGCCUCUUUAUAUGUA